AUGCUGGACUCCCAAAACCCAAGGGAGAGCCGCAGCGGAAGCUCCUCCGCCCUCUUCGGCGGCGCAAGCGGCAGCGGCCUGCACCGGGCCUCCAACAGCGGCAUCACGCGCCUCUCCAGCAGCAGCAGCAGCGGCAUCGGCCGCAACGAGCCCCUCUUCACCGGCAGGUGCAACUUCUCACUCUGCGGCAAGAAGGGCCACAAAGAGUCAGACUGCCGCCUCAAGAGGAAGAUGCUGGCAGAGGGCAAGAUCGAUUCCUUCGGCAAUCUGCGCCCUCCCGCCAACAACAACGGCGGCUUCAACCGUGGCGGCGCCCGCCCCGGCCGCGGUCCCGGCGGCCCCGGCGGCAACCGCCGCCCUGGCGGCAACAACAGCAGGAGCGGCCCCUACAGCUCAAUGGGGGCCCUCAUUGCUCACUCAAUCUAUGAGAAGCACUUCGGCAUGUCAGACAGCGACGACUCCAUGCCCGGGCUGGCCUCAGACUCGGACAGCGAAGACCCCGACGACUCCGACGACUGGGUCUACUCGGACGCUGGACCGCCGGCGCCGCAGCUCUCCAAGCUGGCCUGCGCCCUGGCGGCGGCCGAGCCCCGCAGCGAGCCCAUCAAGGACCUGAUGGUGAUGGACACGGGCGCGAGUUCGUUUCAUGUGUUCAACGACUACAGCGUCAUGCACAACCUUCGGCCGGCCCCCAAGAGCCUGGUGCUCAAGUUUGGCGGCGGCGAGGGCACACCCGAGAUCAUGGGUGAUGUCACCAUCCUCACAGACCAGGGCUUCACGGUCACCCUGACCGACGUGGCCUACUGGCCGCACUGCCCUACCAACCUGGUCUCCUACACGCGCACCUACAAGGCCGGCUACACCAACCAGACCUCAGCGACGCUGGGCGGCCCCUGGGACUUCUUCAAAGGCGACACCGCCGUGUUCUCCUGCCAGCACCACCCCUCAGACCUGUGGGUGCUGGGUGCGAGGCCCCUGCGGCGCGACAACGAAUACGACGUCCAGCUGGCCGCCGACGCCGGUGCCGACGUCGGCGCCCUGGUGGCUGGUGCUGGGCGCGCCUUAAAGGUGACUGCGGAUAUGGUGCACCGCUGCUUUGCGCAUAUGGGCAGCAACGUGGCCCUUGCAAGGGCCAUCGACGGCGGCAUGCUGGACGGCGUUCCGAUCAGUAGCGCCGACCUGAAAGCAGCGGCGGCAGAGUCCAGGUGCAUCAGCUGCAUUGAAGGCAAGCACACUCGCCUGCCCUUCAAGUCGUCAGAGACUGAGGCUGCAAGGCCGGCCCAGAUCAUUCAUUCUGACAUUCAAGGGCCAAUGCCAGAAUCCAAAGAUGGCUAUGUCUACUGGAUCUCCUACCUGGACGACUACUCCAACAUGGCCACUGUGCGCCUGCUCAAGAAGAAGGCUGAGGCCGGCGGCAUCACCAAGGACGCCAUUCCCCUGCUGGAGCGUGUGGGCGGCGGCGCCGUUGAGUUCCUGCAGACGGACAACGGCGGUGAAUACUUCUCUGGGGAGCUGGACUCAUGGCUCAAAGAGAGGGGCAUCAUUCACCACUCCUCUAUGGCCUACACCCCCCAGCAGAACGGCAAGGCCGAGCGGCUCAACCGCCCACUGAUGGACUCAGACGCCACAGUCACUCCAUGGGAGCUCUUCACAGGCGACAAGCCCAACGUCUCCUACCUUAGGCCGUUUGGAGCUGCGUGCUACGUGCACGUGCCCAAGGAGACCCGCGGCGCCGGCAGCAAGGCGCUGCCCAGGGCGCGCGCCGGCACCUUCAUCGGCUACCCUCACGGCGGCAAGGGCUACCGCGUUCUGCUCCGUGAUGAGGACUACAAGAUUCUGGAAAGCCGGGACGUGACGUUCCUGCCCGGCUACUCCACGUUUACCGGCUCGGACAAGCUGGCGCCCGCCAAACCGGCCGCCAGCGCCAAGCCUGCGGACUCCUCCUCUGACUCUGGCGACGACUCCGACGCCGAGCGGGGGGGGAAGCAUCGCCCCUAUUAA